GCUAGUCCCGCUGUUCUCCCUCGCCCUUGCCCGAGCUGGUAUCGGGUUUGGAGGCGUGUGACCUCCCCCGAAGAGGAGGAAAGGAGGUCGGGGGGUGGGCACCGCAGUAGCUUCGCUUGUUUAUUUUUAGGCGGGAGGGGGGGGAGGAGGAGGAGGAGGAGGAGCGAGAGUAGGUGGGGAGCGAGAGCUGCGUCGUUGCCUCCCAGCGGGGACCCCGCUCACCCCCGCGGAGCACUGCCGGCGCUGGGAACGGCCGCUGCAGCAGCGUGUGCCCUCCCACCCCUUCCCCCAGGCCGCUCCCGCCCCCUUGCCAGGUCUCCCGGGGCGGUGUUGGCAGACAGCCGGCGGCGGCGGAGGCGGCGGUGGCGGUGGCGGAGGCGGCGGUGGCGGCCUCUAACCUCUCCCUGCAGUUUGCUCGGACCUGUCCUGGGGAGGGAUAGGGAGGGAAGCAGGGAGCGGAACGACCCCUGCGCCCAUUCUCCCAUCUCUUGCGGCUGCCGAGUCUGCAGAGGACCGGGAGCGUUUGCAAAUGGCUAGUCUUGGCUUGGGUUUGGAAGAGCUGCAGCCCGACCCUCCUCCGGAGCCCGCUUUCCACGAGGCGCAGAAGUGGAUCGAGCAAGUAACUGGCAGAAGCUUUGGUGACAGAGAUUUUCGAACAGGACUAGAAAAUGGCAUCCUGCUCUGCGAGUUGCUGAAUUCUAUUAAACCAGGACUCAUCAAAAAGAUCAAUAGAUUGCCCACCCCCAUUGCAGGAUUGGACAAUAUCAUCUUAUUCUUAAGAGGCUGCAAGGAGCUCGGGCUUAAAGAAUCUCAACUCUUUGACCCAGGUGAUCUCCAGGACACCUCAAAUAGAGUAACAGUCAAGAGCAUUGACUAUAGUAGAAAGCUGAAAAAUGUAUUAGUUACCAUUUACUGGCUGGGGAAAGCAGCUAACAGCUGCACGGCAUUCAGUGGAACCCCACUGAACCUGAAGGAGUUUGAAGGAUUAUUGGCACAGAUGCGAAAGGAAACUGAUGAUAUUGAAAGCCCUAAACGAAGCAUCCGAGACAGCGGCUAUAUAGACUGCUGGGAUUCUGAGCGCAGCGAUUCCCUCUCUCCACCCCGGCAUGGCCGAGAUGAUUCUUUUGACAGUCUGGACUCAUUUGGCUCCCGUUCUCAGCAGACACCCUCCCCAGAUGUAGUUCUCAGAGGAAGUAGCGAUGGCAGAGGAAGUGAUUCGGAAUCUGACUUGCCUCAUCGAAAGCUGCCCGAUGUAAAGAAGGAUGACAUGUCAGCAAGGAGGACUUCUCAUGGUGAGCCGAAAUCAGCAGUGCCUUUUAACCAGUACCUCCCCAACAAGAGUAACCAGACCGCUUACAUACCUGCUCCUCUGAGGAGGAAGAAGACUGAGCGAGAGGAGUACAGAAAAAGCUGGAGUACUGCAACCUCACCCCUAGGAGGAGAGAGAACUUUCAGCUACCCUGAAACCAUAGAGGAAGAGCAAAAUGAAGUGGGGGCUCAUUGUGAAGAGGCAGAGGCAGAGGCUGACAAAUCGGAUCCUAGUGGAAAGCCCUCAGAUACGGGGUUAGAAUCGAACAGACAAAAUGGUAAGGAACAAAUUCCUCCAGGGGGCACAGAGGAAACAGUGGCACAGAGAGCCACACAAAAAGAUCAUGAAGAGAUCAGAAAACGCAGACGGUUGGAGCAAGCUGGUAUCAAGAUCAUGCCAGCCUCACAGCGUUUUGCCAGUCAAAAGCAAAUAAAUGAAGAGAAAGAAACCAUUCCAGACAUUAUCCUUCGAAAGAAGAACUCUUUUCUGUAUGGCCAUGAGUCAGAGCCAGAAGAUGGAGUGGAAUGCAGACUUCCUGACCUAGAGAAGGAUGACUUUGCUGCUCGUAGAGCAAGGAUGAACCAAACCAAGUCCACAGUGCCACUGAAUCAGUUGCUAUUUGGACCUUAUAUUAAAAAAGAAAGUGAUGGUGUCAAACAGCCCUUAAAGGGAGUAUCACAGAAGAAAAGUCAAGCAUCCACAAGAAAUGAAGUAUGCAGGGAAGAAGUGAAGAAAGGUGGGAUUCCCAAAGAAAACCUGCUACAGCCUCCAGAGAAUGCACGUGAGACAGAAGAGUCCAAGAAGGCUCCUGAUAUCCAGAAGGAUGACCUAGCUAAGCGGAAGAUUCAGAGUAGCCAUUUCUCUUCACAUCGGAUGGCCUCAAGUUUUGUGAAGAUUUCGACAAUAACAGAAGCAGAUUUGGAGACAUGGGAUAGAUUGAAAGUGUCAGGAAAGAUGAGUGAUGAAGAUACAGAGCACAACUGUACCCCAACCCUUUCACCUGAAAUCCAAGCUGAAACUGCAAUCCGUGAUGACUUUGCAAGCCGCAAAGCAAGAGCCUACCAAAAGGCUUCCAGCCCUAAGCAAAAGUUUGUGCACUUUGGACCAGUGACAGAGAUAGAUCAGCAGAAAUGGAGGAAACUUAGUAUUGGCAAGGUUGGCCCCAAAGAGGAAAUCCAUGAGAUUCCUAGUGAUGGGGAUAAAAUGCAUGUUUAUGUGGUCCCAGAUUCAGCGGCUCCUCAAGACUCAGAGGAUGACAGAUUACCCCAUGGACAGAGCGACUCCAGCAAAUUAGCCUGUUCUGGCUUAGAUGAAAAUUGCAAAGGGAGCCCUGUAUCUAUGACUGUGGAUGAGGUUCAGAAGCAGAAAACCUACAUCUUGGAAGAAUAUCUGGGAAACAGCAAGGAAGCCACAUCCAAACAGCUGCCACAGUAUGACCAAAAAGAGGAUAGUCUUAGUAAAGGAGAUUUUGAGCCUGAGCUGAAGAAUGGAAGAUAUGGGAGCAGAAGCCAACAACUAGCAAGCUCCAUUGCUCCUGUGAAUGAGACCACAGGGGCAGAAGAGAAUCUUGAGAAGAUGACAACUUGUGGUGUCCGACCUGUCCAUGAAACCCUGGGGCAAAGAAAAGUGCCUGACCCCCAGAAAGAUGACAUGAUGGCUAGAAGAACGGGCGCAUUCCUUAAGCACACUGUAUCCAACUCAAACCGGUUCCUUCCGGUUCCAUUUGCAAAGCAGCAGGACGGGGAGGAACCUACCAAGGGACUUCAAAAGAAAGAGGAGAGAUACGGUCCCAGAACUGCUGUGUCUGAUGACGCAGAGAGCAUGAGCAUGCUUGAUAUGCGGUGUGAAGAGGAAGCUACUGUGCAGCCUCACAGCAAGGCUCGGCAGGAGCAGCUGCAGUUUAUCAACAGCCAGCUGAAAGAAGAGGAUGACAAAUGGCAAGAUGACCUGGCUCGUUGGAAAAGCCGUAGAAGAAGUGCAUCUCAGGACCUAAUCAAGAAAGAAGCUGAGAGGAAAAAAAUGGAAAGAUUAUUGGCUGGAGGAGAUGGGACAAGUGAACGAAGGAAAAGCAUCAAGACCUACAGAGAGAUUGUGCAGGAAAAGGAACGGAGAGAGAGAGAGCUACAUGAAGCAUACAAGAAUGCUCGUUCCCGUGAGGAGGCAGAGGGGAUCCUCCAGCAGUACAUCGAAAGGUUUACCAUUAGUGAGGCCGUCCUGGAGCGCUUGGAGAUGCCAAAAAUUCUGGAAAGAAGCCAUUCAACAGAGCCAAACUCAUCUUCCCUGAAUGACCCAAAUCCCAUGAAAUACUUGCGGCAGCAGUCACUGCCUCCGCCCAAAUUCACUGCCACUGUUGAAACGACCAUUGCUUGCCCCAGUGAACCAGACCCCAAUGUUUCAGCAGGCAGUGCGUCUCCAAGCAAAACUGUUGUUCCAAAAGCAGUGCCUAUGCUGACCCCGAAGCCUUACUCCCAGCCGAAAAACACACAGCACGUUUUGAAAACCUUUAAGGUAGAUGAAAAAGUCAGCGUGAAUGGAGAAACUUUUAAUGGCGUAGAAGAAGAGAAAGAAAGAGAGUGUACAACAGCAACAUUUUCCCCUUCAUUAACUAGAUCUCAGAGAUUUGAAGGUGUGGCCAGAGUGGAUGGUUCCUCAGUAGAACUGAAGCAAGACACCAGUAGCAUUGAGAUCAGUAUAAAGAAGGCAAACUCACUGAACAGAGAAUUAACAACAUCCACCACUGAGGAAGCUGAACUGACCCCUCAACAGGAUGAAAUUGAUUGUGGACAAGAAGAAGGGAGGAACACAGGAUGUGCCUCACCAGAGUGUCAGCACUUUACAACAACUGUGACCCGAGCCAACCCUACUGUGGCCUUUGUAGAGUUGAAUCCCAGCCAACAACCCAAGGACCAUGGAGCAGAAGACAAAGACCAGAGGAAACUGGAGAGUGAAAUGAGUGGAAAGGUGGAGUUGGUGCUGUCACAGAAGGCAACGAAGCCAAAGUCUCCAGAACCAAAAGCAGUUCUGUUGUUUCCAUACCUGAACCCAGUACCAGAAACCAACCCAUCCACUUUGCCAAAUCUUGAUUCACAAGUGGAGUCCAGUAGCACUGAGAAGUCACCUGCAAGUACACCUCGUUCCAACUUUUGGGCAUGGGAUCCAGAGGAGGAGCGCCGCCGGCAGGAGAAAUGGCAACUUGAACAAGAACGUUUGCUUCAGGAGAGAUACCAGAAGGAACAGGACAAACUGAAAGAAGAAUGGGAGAAGGCACAAAAGGAAGUAGAAGAAGAAGAACGUAGAUACUAUGAGGAGGAACGCAAGAUAAUUGAAGACACUGUGGUUCCAUUCACAAUUUCUUCAAGUUCAGCUGAUCAGCUUUCUACCUCUUCCUCUGUCACGGAAGGAAAUGGGCCAGUGAAUAAGAUGGAAUCAGAAGACAGUAAAGAGGAAGAAAAAAGGCAAAGACAACUCUUGGAGGAAGAAAACAAUGACUUGCUGCUGAAGAAUAGCAAAACUGAUGUUUUAGAAGAAACAAAAAGUGGAUCACAGGUGACCCCGGCACAUCCAGAGAACUGUGUACCAAAAGGGAUUCAUCAGGAUUAUCAGCUGUCAGCAGCAGAGCUUGGGACACCAGACCGAAGACUCAACUUACAGUUAUCUCAGGACACAUCAUGGAAUCAGCCGUGGUCACCUGCCUCAUCACAUGCAUUAGAAGAUACGAAACAAAAAACCCUCCCCAUCGAUCAAAGCAUCAACCAUCAGGCUGCCUCUCCUAGUGAGAGAAGGAAGAUCAGUCCUCAUGAGAAUUUCAGAGCUGGACAGUUAUCCCCGUGCUCUCCUACCCCUCCUGGCCAAUCUCCCAGCAGGUCUAUAAGCGGAAAGAAGUUAUGCUCUGCUUGUGGACUUCCUCUGGGGAAAGGAGCCGCCAUGAUCAUUGAAACGCUUAGUCUUUAUUUUCACAUCCAGUGCUUCAGGUGUGGAAUCUGCAAAGGACAGCUUGGAGAUUCAGUGAGUGGUACAGAUGUCAGGAUUCGCAAUGGUUUGCUCAACUGCAAUGACUGUUACAUCCGGUCCAGAAGUGCUGGUCAGCCGACAACAUUGUGACAUGGUUUUCACUCCUACAAAUCACCUCCCACUGCUCCCUUUGGGGAUGUCCUGGACAAUCGCUUAUAAAUGCCCAUAUUCGUGGGGCUUCAUGGCACUCAUUUAAUUUUUGAAAGGCUAUACUAAAAGGCUAUAUCUGUUCCUUUAUACCGCAAUGUAUGCUUGUGUUUUCCACUUUUUUUUUUUGCAUUUGCACAAUAUCUCUUAAGAGAAUAUUGAGUUGCUUUGAUCUUGAAUCCUUCAGAAUGUUGGAUAGGUUUUUGUUUGGGUUUGUUUUGUUUUUUUUUUUCAGUAUGGCAAGACAUGUUGAUGAUUUAAAAUGUGAUAUUAUCCUCUUUGGGAAUUAAUAAGAAAAAAAUGCAAUACAACUUUUUUUUUUAAUUUCUAGAAGCUAAACUUUUUAAGUUUACAAAACAGAACUAUAGAAGGUGCAGGACAUGCCAAUAUGAGAUGAGCACUCUUCUGGGGGAGCCUCUGAUUAAUCCAUUUCUGAACUCAAGUAAUUUGCUUUUAUUGAGCUAUAACUUUUUUUGUACGAAGAUACUAGUUUGAUAUAAUACAUACUGUAAUUCUGAACCAUUUGUAUUCUGUACCUUUUGAGGGCAGGCCCAUAAAUUAUUGCACCAUUAACAUUCAUGUACUUUAAAUGUUACAUCAUUAAUGUAGAUUAUUCUGUCAAAUAAAGAGAACCGUGGUAAUGCCUGCUGGGGCUCUACUCUGACUGAAUGGAGGCAUUUCCCAAGAGGAUGAGAAAGAGAGAUGAAAUUAUCUCAGUCCAUCUUUUUUCAGGAUUAUUGCAGUACUGGACUACCAGAAGCUGCGAGAGAGGGAGAGGAAGUCGGCUCUCUCCCAGUAACAAGUGGGUCAUCAAUAGCAACAAUAAUCACGAGAUGCUCUCGGUCAGUAUCAUUUACGCAUCCCCAGGAGAAAGGGCAGGAGUGGUCACAUGGAGAGAUGCAUCCUAUGCCUUGGGUACCCGGUGCCCUGUGCCAUAUAUGUACAGAGAUAGGCAUUGAGAACCCAUGCUGUCACAUAGCAGGAAUGUUAGAUGUUAGAUGUUAGAUAAUGUGUGAUUUUGCACUGACUUAUGUGUGACCAUUAAGACCCUACAUUGUAUCCUGUUCAUUUUAAUGGUUAUAUGCAUGUUCCCCUUAACUCUCCUCUUCAUUGUCAAGAGUUCCAGCUAUUAAUCAUGGAGAACUUUAACCGGGAAUUGAUUUGCUGUUCCCUUUACUCCAUGUGUCACAUAAUGAAUUCCAAUUGGCUGAAAAAAAGGAGAGAGUUGUUUAAAACCCCCUUUUUAACUUUCCCGGGGAUUUUUCUUUUUAAAUGGGGGGUAGGAGGGCAGGGGAGAAGCAGAUGGUAUUGGGACACCUUUUUAUUCUGCCUUAAAAACCAUGUUAAAUUAAUGGAGAUUUGUUGCGAAUGUAAAAGACGGACUCAUUCGUGGUAUGUUGCUGUAUUUGUAAAGGGAUAUAACGUGAAUGUUUAUUAGAUAAGCAAUAAUUUUUCUAUGUGUUACUUGAUAUAGCUAGCAACUAUUUAUUUACAUGCUGUGCUAGAUGGUCCUUUGCAUGCCAAUUCCAUGCUUGUGCAGAAAUUUUCCUCGGUCACCGAAGGCAUUUUUACUACAUUGUCAUUUGGAAAUGUUGUUGGAUUGAACCGUACACAUCAUUUCAUUAAAAUUGUGCCUUAGAAAAUGCAAAGCUAUUGCACAUAGUCAGUGAUGACUUAUGGAUACAGCGAAUUCAAGAGGAACGAAGUCAUUCCUGAGACCUUCAGUUCCCGAGACUUCUCCUGGCAGUGGUUGCUGUUUUACAAAAAUGAAAAAAAAAUCAUUUUGAAAAUGUACAGAUAUUCAGUCUGAUAUUUUGAUUAACCAUCUGCAUGUUUUAUUGUUAGAUAUUUUGAUAAUGUUGAUGUUUACAUUUUGCAUGGUGUUCGCAGAAUACUCUCCCAUAGUAAUGCACAAAACAUGCACAAUUUCAAUAUUCAUAACAGAUUUUUAUAGAACCCUUUUUACCCAUGAAACUCCAUCCGUUACAUAAGGAAUACAUGAAUAUUGCACAUUCUUUUCUGAUUCCCACAGUCUCAUUUAUAAACAUUUUUCUUAGUGAGUCUCAUCGUACAUGUAUUGAAGCUAGAAUCAAGUCAAGAAAAAUAAAGACCCAUUUUCCAACUGCAAGAUGCGCUUUUUCAUAAUGAACUCUAGUCACCAGCACAGAAUAAUCUCCAGCAUUCUAAAUUCUAAUUGCCAACUGUUUCUAUUUCUAUUUGAUUUAUAUUUCAUUUGGAGUCUGUUACAUGGCAUUUUAGAAAGCCUGGGCCUUGUUUUUUUUCCAAUUCAACAUAGUAAGUAUGAUAGAUUUCUUGUUAAAUAAUCUCGGAGAUCCCAGGGGGUGGAGAACAAUGCUUUGCUACACUGGGUUGUAAUAUAUGAGUGUGUUUAGUUUUAGAAUGAAACAAAGAAAGAAAAGGAGAAAAGUAAGUGAUUUAUUAUUCUUGAGGAAGGAUGAGAUCUGAUUUUUUUUUUACAUCCUCCAAAAGCUGUUCCCUUCUCAUUCUUCAGAGAACAUGGAUAACUCCACCAUAACUGUGUCCGUGUGUUUCACUAUCAGACUCUCCCAGCGUUUCCUCACUCUUUCUAUGUAGCGUAAUGCGAAACAUACUGUAGUUAUCUAUUUGAAGCAUCAAAGUUAAUGACGUCAAAGGAGCUACAUCAUAUCCAAAACCAGCCAGAAUAAUAAUUACUGUUCUAGGCUGGCUAAUGUGCUAUAUAGUUACACUAACCUUCAUUUGCAAUAUUUAUUCUAAAAUGCCUCUGAAGAGUAGUAAAAAGUUGUCUAAAAUGCAACAGCUUUUAUAGUCAAUGUACAUUUAUAAAUAAAAUACUCAAAUGAA